AGGGACAUUCAAUUCGUAUUUUCCAGUUCAGUACGGGUUCUGUAUCAUGUUGCUUUCCUUUUUUCUAUUACACACGUGUUUAUUUCCCCUAUAUAAUCUCUCGCGCAUGAUUAAAGCUUACGCUAUUCUCGCUAUCCCCUGCUACAUUGCUUCCCUAGGGUUUUCGACUUCAUCGUCGACCUUCGAUCAUAACCGCACCAAACCAAUGGUGGCUGCUAGACAUGACCGGCCAGUGAAUGUUCCUCUCGUGUCUCCGUCUCACUCGUUUGCGUCUGAAGACGAAGAUCCCAUGUCAAAGGUCGUCAGCUUAAGCUCAACUUCAAAGCGUGAGGUUAAAAACUUGAAGCUAAAACUAAUCUCCGAGGUGGAUAAAGUUAGGAUCGUAAUCACAAGGUUCGAUCCCCAAGGCGGAAACAAGAAAAUAGAAACAGUUAAGAAGAGCGGGCAUGGAGGUACGGUUCAUAUUUUCAGGAACUGUAACAACUUGCUUAGGAAGUUGAUGACGCAUAAGUAUGGAUGGGUGUUCAAUGUCCCAGUGGAUGCUGAAGGACUUUGCUUGCGUGAUUACCACACCAUCGUUAAAGAGCCUAUGGAUUUGGGUACAGUGAAGUCUAAGUUGGGGGAGGGUUUGUAUAACUCACCGUUGGAUUUCGCUGAGGAUGUGAGACUUACUUUUAACAAUGCCAUCUUGUAUAAUCCAAUGGGGAAUGAUGUGCAUAGUAUGGCUAAGUUUUUACUGAGUAUGUUUGAGGAGAAGUGGGUUUCCAUUGAAGUGCAGCUUGAUAGUCUUCCCAUUGUAGACCCAUUACCAGCUCCUACAGUACUCAAGGAUAGGACUUUGGAGAGAGUAGAGUCUAUGACAACACCAGUGGAGACUCCUGUUGAUAAUAGGGACCUUACGCUGGAUGAGAAACGGAGACUCAUCGAAGAGCUUCAGGACUUGCCUUGUGACAAACUAGAGACAGUUGUUCAGAUUAUAAAGAAGAGUAAUCCAGAACUCUCUCAACAAGACGAUGAUGAGAUUGAGCUGGAUAUUGACAGUCUUGACAUUCAAACGCUUUGGGAGCUGUAUAGAUUUGUGACUGGGUAUAAGGAGAGCUUGAAUAAUAGAAAAGAGGAUCAGGGGUUUGGUUCAGAAAGAGAUGCUGAAUCUGCUCACAAUAUUAUCCAAGAACCGGCCGAUUCUGACAGUGAUAGCUCCUCGGGACGUGGAUUAGAUGCUGGCAAUUAGGGUUGACAAGUUAAAAAAAAGUGGUUAGCUUAAUUAUAGUCAGAGUACGUUGUUACCCAUCUCUUUUAAUAGCACAGUUAGAAUUUUUCUACGUCUAUCACUUUUCACGUUCGGAUUGUUAUCUGUUUUUGGAUUUUUUUUUAACUUUACAGAAAGAAGCUGAACAAUAUAUUUUUAGAUGUCUUUGUCUCUUGUCAUUGAUGUAAUAAACAUAUUUUUGUUCCACUGCGUCUUCGUUUGGAACAAUUGAAAGUUUGAUUUUUAGAACAAUAGGUUUCUUAUUUAUCAUAAUCAUCAGAAAAAAAUAUAAUGGAUGCCUUAACUUCGAUAGAAAAGAAGAGAGAAGGAAUAUGAGCAGCUUGCAAUAUGGUCCGGAGCAUUGGUUUUGAUGUGAUCAACACUAUAAGAAACAUGCGACAACAUCUCCAUACCCCAAAGGCUCAUAGUCAAAUGUACCAUUUGCAUCAGAAAGAUUCUAAGUUGGAGCUAUUGUAUUUGUAGAUAAUAAGGCUCUCUUAACAGUAUAUAUAUAUACCAAGAUCCAAUCUGGUUAUCAAUCAGUGAAUUGAAAGAGAAGUAGUAUUCAAUCUUAUGACAAUAUAAGACUGAAUAUCUUUUCUUCUUCAACAGGAUGAACCUAUAAUCUAUGGCCACUUGUUCUGAAACCAGCCAUUAGUGCUGAAAACAAGUUAAAAGCAUCCCAUCAUCUUUAAAAGCAAUACUAGUGAUAUUUAUACUAUAGAUGAUAUACACAUCAUACAACAGCGUCAAGCGCACCUCAACAACUGACCAAUGAUAUGCGACAUCACAUGUCAACCCUCGACUCAUGUAUACGGGAUCUGAUUAAAGAAAUGCACCACCUUGUACAGUGUCGGCUCUUGACCAUGGCAGUAGGGGCAAUGGCCAUGGGUCUUUGGGCUCAGAAUUUUAUUUAGUGUGAUUUUAGUAGUAAUAAAAGGCCCACAUUAAUUUGUUAAAGAGAAAAUAGCUAGUAACUUUAUAACAAAAAAACCAAGGUGCACAUUAUUUUUUUUAGUGUGUAUUGUCUUUCGUAUUUAAAGGAACUCAUACCUAUUUUUUAUUUGUUGUGGAUUAUUGAAAUUCUUUAGUUGAACUUAAAUACAGUGAAAAAAUGUUUAAAAUAUGGCCUUUUUUUUUUAUGUUUGCCCAAGGCUAUUAGAUUGUUUAAUACGGGUCUGACCUUGUAACUCUUAACGAAUCUAUAACCUUCAUAGUUCAUAUCAAGACAAAAACAUUAUGGUAUCAAGGCAUUAUUAACUUAUUCGAUAUUGUGAUGGUCCCAAAGAAAGAAAGAAAUAAAAUAUAGUAAAUUACAAUUUUACCCUUAUAGAGUGAGAAAAAGGGGAAGGCGUUUUUUUCUUCUCUCGUUCCUCCAUUUUCUAGAGAGAGAGAGAGAAGAGAAAUCAAUCAUCGAUCAAAGUGGUUCAAUCGAUGAAGAAAACUAUCUGAAUGGAAUGUGAAUCGAUGGAUUUGGUUAUGGUGAUGACGCGAUCUUCGACUCUGUGAUUACGAUUUGGAAGCUCAGAUUUUGUAAUUCGGAUUAUCUACGCCAAAAAA